GCAACACACGAAAGGGCAGUGCCCACCUGUAACAGCGUGUGACUGCCACCACCUUUCCAGAACAGACUAGUCCAGCGCAGAGACUAUAUGCGCGAAUAGGUCAGUACGCGAGCCGCGCUUCUAAGAGAUAAUUCCUUUGAGCGAGUUUGUCUCCACGACCUGUCAUCUGACAGUGUUCCUGCGUACGGAGAUCGUAACGAAGCCUGUCGUCAACAUUUACUUCAGUGGCUUGGAUUGUCUGUAAGAGUUUCUUCGAAAAGUGAUCGCCUUCGCCAACUCUUAGUGAAUUAUCAUAGUUCCUCAAACGGCCACCGCUACAAAUGAAGACCGUAAUAGCAGUCAACCCUGGAGACAACAAAGGAUGUAUUCGGCUGGUGCAAACAUCCAGCGUCUUUUUGGCUCUCUUCGCAUUGGGGCUGGUAUCUGCGAUCACAGGGACAACCCUUUUCGAUCUGAGUCAGCUUUUACAAUCAGAUGUGGAAAAUACCUCGCUUGUGUUGACCCUUCGGGGCUUCGGUGUAUUUGCAGGUUCGUUACUUUCUACGAGUGUGCUUUACCGGAUAUUAAAUGGCAAGCUUGUGCUGGCCUCGGCUAUGAUCGUGGGCGGAGUCGCAAAUGCAAUUGUACCCUUCAGUGGAACUCUUCUGGCAGCCCAAGGAGCGAUGUUGGUUGUCGGCAUGUGUGUCGGUAUCCUCGAAACAGGUAGCAAUGUAUGGCUAGUACAUUUGUGGAAGGGAAAGGUCGCUCCCGCCUUCCAGAUGUACCACUUGAGCUUCGGUGUUGGAGCAUUACUACCGCCCGUCCUCAGUGAGCCAUUCCUCAGCUAUAAAGAGUGGAUACCUCUUGACAAUGGAAGCGUUGUGGAACGCUACUCGGAUACGCACAUCCAGGUCCCCUACGGAUUAUAUGGCGGCGUAUACUCACUGACCGGUGUCUUCAUGCUGGUCCUGUUCUUUUUCGACAGCACCGAUUUCAGCCAGGUACCUUCGAAUACGGAGGAGGUGCCUAAAGAGAAGUCGUCGUUUUUUGAAUGGAUCGUCGUUGGACAUCUUUUUGUCUAUAUCCUGGUCCUGGUCGGCACUGAGAUGACUCUUGCACAGAUGCUAGGCGUUUACCUUGUAAAUAACCGUAAUCUUACUUUUGACAAGCAUUCGGCUUCGUUCGUCGUGGCCGACUACUGGGCAUCGUUUACGUCCGGCCGAGUCGUUGCAAUUCUUCUCUCAUUCAAGUUUCUCCCCCAUACGAUCAUUGUACUGGUACAAGUGAUUUGCGUCCUCGGAGCACUUGUGCUUUUUUUCCUAAGUACAACGUAUAAUUGGGCCGUAUGGCUUUCUAUUGGAAUAAUGGGAUUUGGUCUGGCGCCGUCUUAUGGAGCAGCUAUGGCCUGGGCCGUGCGUUACGUGCGCCUUCGUUUCGUCCACAUGACUUUAGUAUUGAUUGCGUCCUGCAUUGGCCAGAGCGCUCCUCCAUUGCUCGUUGGGCUGUCGGUGAAAGCGAAUCCCACAAUUUUCGUCUAUGUCAUUGCUAUUUACAUGACGAUUCAUACUAUUAAUGUCUUGGCAAUGCUGCUCAGCACACGGAAUCGCCCAGUCGUUUUCGAUGUGAAGGACACUGCCAGUAAAUCGGUAGAAAACCAAGUUGACUUCAUUGACAUGCCAGAAAUUUAGCUGUUACAAGUCGAAACCCAUAAAAAACGUGCCCAAUAAUGCCAGUUUCCCUAAUAAAAAAUAGGAAAUAAUUAAAGUUAUAUAUUUUCGUUCGCUGUGAAUUGCAACUGUAUACAAAGGAUGUCACUUUUUCGUUACGUUUCGUUUACCCCAUUUCAGUAAUAUUAUUCAACUAAAGAGGGAACGCAAUUUAUCCAUGUGAUAACUACAACGCAACAUCGUUUAUGAUAUGCGCUGCGUUGUCAAUGUAAAUGAUUACUCCAUGCAACAUGAGGCUUUUCUUAUUAAAUUACUAAGUAAUUAUAGUUUUUCAAGUGGGAAAAGGAGUUUCUACAAUAUGCCUAUGUGAGGAUCCAUACGCAUACAUCGAAUAGGAUGUAUACAGAUACACAUUUACAUUAGAGAAAUACCAAUAACAUUAUAUAUACACAGAAUAGAUGCAAUGACUCGAGAAUGGAGUAUAUCUAUUAUAAAGUUGUUUUUAAACUCCAUUGUAUAGGAUAGUGUAUCGCCAUAUAUAAACAUUCCAUCCGUCGACCUCAGAACCUCUUCGAGCAACUUGUACCAAAAAAAAAAUAGGUUUGACUUGCAAGAAGCAAAAACUUGAAUG